AUGGGGCGAUACUCGGGAAGAAGCUUCCGAUUAAUCCUCAUGUGCAUCGUGAGCAUCCUCCUCUUCGUGGUGGAGCUAGUGAUUGCCCACAUAGGCAACUCCCUCUCUUUGGCCUCCGAUGCCUUCGCUGUCCUCUCCCACUUGGUGUCCAUGAUCAUAGCUCUGUUUGGCGUGAGGGCCAGCAGCAUAAAACAGCACAGGAAUAGCACUUUCGGGUUUCUCCGGGCAGAUGUGGUGGGAGCAUUGGGAAACUCCAUUUUUGCCGUGGCUCUGAUGUUCAGCAUCCUGGUUGAAGCUGUCAAAAGGUAUAUUGAUCCCCAGAAGACGGAGGAGCCUGUGCUGGUUCUCAGUGCUGGAAUUAUCGGGCUGUUCUUCAAUGUCCUGAACUAUGUCAUCUUGGACUGUUGCUUCUGCUCGACACACAGGCCCCUGGGGGACGCCGGAACAGGUGAUUCUCUGAACACCCAGAAUGAACCAGAAGAGACUAUGAAAAAGGAGAAAAAGUCUGAAGCCCUGAAUAUCAGAGGUGUACUUUUGCAUGUGAUGGGCGAUGCGCUGGGCUCGGUGGUCGUGGUGGUCACGGCCAUCGUAUUCUACGUGCAUCCCCUGCAGCCUGAGGACCCCUGUAACUGGCAGUGCUACAUCGACCCCAGCCUGACUGUCGUCAUGGUCAUCAUCAUUCUGUCAUCUGCCUUCCCACUCAUCAAGGAGACUGCUGCCAUUCUGCUGCAGAUGGUCCCCAGAGGAGUCAACAUGGAAGAGCUGAUGAGUAAACUCUCGGCCGUGCCCGGGAUUAGCAGUGUACAUGAAGUGCACAUCUGGGAACUUAUAAGCGGAAAGAUCAUUGCCACCCUGCACGUCAAGUAUCAGAAGGACAGGGGCUAUCAGGACACCAGUAGGAAAAUUCGAGAAAUCUUCCACAGUGUGGGAAUCCACAAUGUGACCAUCCAGUUUGAGCAGGUGGACUUGAAGGACCCCGUGGAGCCGAAGGACUCCCUGUUGCUCUGCAGCUCACCCUGCAUCUCCAAGGGCUGUGAGAAGCAGCUGUGCUGCCCGCCGGGGGCCCUGCCUCUGGCCCACGUCAACGGCUGUGCAGAGCACAACGGCUGUCCCCACCUAGACACCUACCCAAGUGAUAGCUUCACUGGGCAAGGAACAACACAAGUGGCUAUUGAAGUAUCUUUGGACAGCUGCCCGAGUGACCAUGGACAAGCUCUUAGGAAAACUCAGGAGGACCAACAUUAUGUCAACAGCACACAUUUUUAAUCUGGUCCCCACCUGAACAGACUGUGUAGACGAGGCACUCUGGCUUGUGGAAGGACCUCUGUGGGCUGUAGACACUGAUCAAACUGGCGAUGUGCUCGCUCCGUAUUCAACAAGGGGCUGGUUGUCUGGGAUGUUAAUUGCAUGUGUCUGUUAAUUUCUGUGUGACCGAGAAGCCCUUUACAUUGUCCUGGGUAUCUCAUGCUGCUUUUCCACAAACUCACCAUUUCCGUUUGCACAUUUAUUUUGAGAAGCAAACUGCACUCGCAUAAGUGUCAGGGACGCUGAAGGCUGGGACUCCAUGGCUGUGGACACGGGAUUCAAAAUAGUUCCUGUUUUAAAGUGAUAGGAACUUGUAA